AGACGCUCUGUAACGCGAAGCCUCCGUCUAUAAAUACAAAACACAGCGUAACCCUCAAACCCUUACUCACACUGGAGCGAGUCGAGCAACCACUCAUCCGCCGCUUCCCAACACCACUAUUCGAGAAAACCCUAAAACUGUUGUAACCCUAGCUCGCCGAUUUCGAACCACUGAUUAUCGCAGUUGUGUGAAUUUAUCCUGAAACGAUGUCGGACGAGGAAAGGGAGGAGAAGGAGUUGGAUCUCUCGUCUCCUGAAGUCGUCACCAAAUACAAGAGCGCUGCUGAGAUCGUUAACAAGGCUUUGCAAUUGGUACUGUCAGAAUGUAAACCAAAGGCUAAGAUUGUUGACAUCUGCGAAAAAAGCGAUUCCUUUAUCCGAGAGCAAUCUGGCAAUAUGUAUAAAAACGUCAAGAAGAAGAUUGAAAGAGGGGUUGCAUUCCCCACAUGUAUUUCUGUAAACAACACUGUUUGCCAUUUCUCUCCGCUUGCCAGUGACGAGACAGUGUUGGAAGAAGGUGAUAUGUUGAAGAUUGAUAUGGGGUGUCACAUAGAUGGUUUCAUUGCUGUUGUUGCGCAUACUCAUGUCCUUAAGGACGGACCAGUGACUGGUAGGCAAGCUGAUGUUAUUGCUGCGGCAAAUACUGCAGCUGAAGUUGCAUUGAGGCUUGUCAGGCCGGGAAGAAAGAAUAAAGAUGUAACAGAUGCAAUUCAGAAGGUUGCUGCUGCCUAUGACUGCAAAAUUGUCGAAGGUGUCCUCAGUCACCAGUUAAAACAGUUUGUGAUUGAUGGAAACAAGGUUGUUCUGAGUAUUUCAAAUCCUGAGACCAGAGUUGAUGAUGCAGAGUUUGAGGAGAAUGAAGUUUACGCGAUUGACAUAGUCACGAGCACAGGUGAAGGCAAGCCCAAGCUAUUAGAUGAGAAACAGACAACUAUAUACAAAAGAGCUGUUGACAAGAACUAUCACUUGAAGAUGAAAGCAUCUAGGUUCAUAUUCAGUGAGAUCAGCCAGAAAUUUCCUAUCAUGCCGUUUACAGCAAGGGCUUUGGAAGAGAAACGUGCUCGGUUGGGAUUGUUAGAAUGUGUCAACCAUGAUUUGUUGCAACCAUAUCCUGUUCUUCACGAGAAGCCUGGUGAUUGUGUUGCCCAUAUCAAAUUCACUGUUUUGCUAAUGCCAAAUGGAUCGGAUCGCAUUACGUCCCAUCCUCUACAGGAUCUCCAACCUAGUAAAACAAUAGAUGACCCAGAAAUCAAAGCUUGGUUAGCAUUGGGAACAAAAACAAAGAAAAAAGGCGGAGGGAAGAAGAAGAAAGGUAAGAAGGGUGAUAAAGCUGAGGAGUCAACGGAAGCUGAACCUAUGGAUGAGUCGAGAGAAUGAUAAUCCAAGUUUUCGACAUGUAGUUCCUUUUUAUGUUAAUCAAUUUUGAUGACUUCUUUGUACCUGUUUACUCAUGAGUUCAUUUUGUUGGUCGUUAGAUGUUGAUCAGGUUCCCCACUAUUUAUCAGUUGCAUGUACACAAGGUUGAGCCUUUUUGUAUCUUUGUGUUUUUCAAAUAGAAGAUUGUUUUGAAAGGCAGUCAAAAACUAGAAGCCCUUGAUCGAUAUGUGGGAUUAAUCUAUGUAUGUUCAGAUGGCAUUACUCUUUGUUAAGAUCAACACAAGUGGUACCGUUUGGUAUGUAAUCAAUUAUCUAGUUGUCCAA